AUAAGCAGAAAUCAAUCAACAACAAUCACACAACUACCUACUGCGUGUCGGUCAAAAUGCGUACCUUCAUUGUCUUGGCUUUAACGUUGGCGGUGGCGGCAGCCGAUGACGCCGCUGGUCGCAUCAUCGGUGGUUCCGUGACCACCAUUGAGCAGUAUCCUGAGAUGGCUGCUCUGCUGAGUUGGUCCGGCACCAACUUUAGACAAGACUGUGGAGGCACCAUUCUCAACAACAGGGCUAUUUUGAGUGCUGCUCACUGCACUGUAAUCACUGCAGCAUCUAACCGCCGUGUACGCGUCGGAUCAUCAUUCAGAAGUUGGGACGGGACUGAAUAUGCUGUCGCUAGAAUCAUUAACCACCCUGACUACAAUAGGCCAACCCCGAUGGACAAUGACAUCUCUAUCCUGUGGGUCAAUGGCAACAUACCGACCACCACGAGAACCCGCCCUGCCGCAAUCGCUGGUUACAACUACAACGUCGCUGAUAACCAAGUAGUCUGGGCUACUGGAUGGGGACGGACUAUUGCUGGCGACUCAAACUCAAUGUCAGAACAGCUUCGUCACGUUCAAGUCUGGACAGUGAACCAGGCGAUCUGCAGACAGCGGUAUUUGAACCGAGUCAUCAACGGCGUCCACCGCCCAGCUUACAUCACUGACAACAUGCUGUGCUCCGGUUGGCUGGACAUUGGAGGUCGCGACCAGUGCCAGGGUGACUCCGGUGGCCCUCUCUACCACAACGGAGUAGUCGUUGGCGUCUGCUCCUGGGGUGAGGGCUGUGCUCACCCACAGUUCCCCGGUGUCAAUGUUCGCGUGUCUCGCUACACCAACUGGAUAAACCAGAACCGAUAAGAACUGUCAAAGACUGAUUAUGACCCUGUUAUUUAUAUUGGCUUGAUUAAACGCAUACUAUACACAA